AUGUUCGACGCAGCAGUGAUAUGGCUUGGCACCGCACGAUUUCUAGGCAUAGUUUGUCCCGUUCUGUUCGCAGGAGUAACCAUUCAAUACUCUUUCAUCCUAGUGGACCCGAUUGUAGCGCAUGCACCGAACGAGAAGAUCAUGGCGAAAUUGUGGUUACACGCAUACCAGCUGGGUCCUUACUGGGUGCCGCCGCUCAUCCUCCCGGGUACGCUAGCGAACGCUUAUCUCGCAUACCUCUCGCCUGUACAGUCCUGGCAGAGGUUUUCCUACAUCUUUGCAGCCGGUGGGAUAUUCAGCAUCCUUGUGCCAAUCACGUUCUUUAUUAUGGAGCCGGGAAUCAAUGGGGCCUGCAAAUGGAAAGUGCAAAGCUUGCUCAAGGAUGAGGACUUCAGUAUGCCGGAAACCACAAUCUGGAAGCCAUCAGCGCAUAAGCAUGGAGGGACACAGAAGAGCAGGAGAUGGGCAGAGAAGACAAGUAUGAAGGAGCUGGUCCUAUAUUGGAGGUGGAUGAACGACUUCCGGUGGGCGCUCGGAGGGGUGGCGGGGAUUGCGAGUGGGUGGGCGACAUUCUCUUCUGUGUAG